UCUGUGGCGAUUGGCGAAAUCACUUUCAAGCAAGGGGGCGCACGUGGUUAAUUUGUUUUAGGAAGGAGGGCGUUGAUAUUAAGUUGUUUUCGGCGGUUGCACUUUUGACAUAUAAACGUCAAGUUCAGUGUAUUUUAUCAAAACACACAACACUCUCAGCCCCAGCGGUGAUGGAGGCAGCCGCGGGGGAGGAGUUCGUACGCCGGCUGCGCGGCCUCAUCGAGCCAGACGCCCAGCUCCAGCGCGAUGGCCUGGCCUACCUGGACAGUCUGAAGGCCUCUGACGCCGGCUGGCGGCUCUGCGUGGACGCGCUGCUCUCACCGUCAUUGGACGCUGAGGAGCACGUGCAGUUUUAUUGUCUCCAGGCGGUGGAACACUUUGUGAAGACCCGCUACCCGGCCGAGGCGGACGUGGCGUCGCCUCUGGUGCGGCACUUUAUCAAUGGAUGGGUGCAGCGGCAGUGUAAGCUGGCCGGCGCGGGCGCCAAGACCUACUUGCGGAACAAGGCGGCGCAGGUGUUCUCCCUGGUGUUCGUCACCGACUUCCCCGACCGGUGGCCGACGUUCCUGCUGGACCUGAUGGCGCUCACCCAGCUGGGGCCGCCGGCUGUGGAUGCGUUCCUCAGGACACUGCUCCAGAUCGACCAGGAGAUCGUGGACCGUGACGUGGUGCACUCGGAGGCCGAGGCGCGGCGCAACACGCGCAUCCGUGACGCCAUGCGUGAGAAGUGCGUGCCACAGCUGGUGGAGGCGUGGCUGGCCACGCUGAACACUUACGCCGGCUCGCAGCCGCAGCUGGCCUGCAUGUGUCUGGAGGCGGUCGGCAAAUACGUCUCCUGGAUAGACAUUGGACUGGUGGCCAACAACAGCUUCGUCUCGGUGCUGGUGACGCUGCUGGGCCUGGUGGACGUCCGCGAGGCGGCCGCAGAGUGCCUGCACGACAUCUGCCACAAGGGCAUGGAGCCGCUCAGCAAGGUGCAGCUGGUCGAGUCGCUGUUUGGCGUGCUCGAGCAGGCGUCAGUGUUCGCGCUGCUCGAUAAUGUUAACGACCAGACGCCGGCCGAAGACGUGGACUACCUCUGUAAGCUUGGUAAGCUGCUGAACGGCAUGGGAACAGAACUGGUGCUUUGCUACCACAAACUGGCCAAGACCGGGCCGGGUGCGACAGUCGCAGUCGAGGCCGCUAUAGCGGCUAAGAUGGGCCGCAUGCUGGCCUUCCUGAACUGCGAGUAUGACGAUCCGUCUCGCAGCGUCAUUGACUUCGCCAGGGAUUAUGUGCAGAUGCUGAAGACCAAGCCGAUGCUGGCCGAGGCGGAGACCGCACACGUCCGGGACAUGGUGUAUGUCAUCAUCCACAAGCUCAAGUACGACGACGAGUACGACUUCCAGGCGCUCGGGGAGGACGAGGCCAUGUUCCAGGAGUACAGGAAGCGGCUGAAGGUGCUGUAUGGUAACCUCGCUGCCGUGGACCGGGAGCUGGUGCUCCACAUCACGCAGCAGUACAUCACGGCCACACUGGACGGAUGGCGGCAGCUGCCCAUGAAAGACGUCGAGGCGGCCAUCACAAUGCUCUACAUGCUCGGGGAGGCACUGCCUACGCCAGCGGCUGGAAACUUCUUUUCAGAGGACCUGGUCAAGGUGACGCUGCUGCAGACGAUGAUGCGCCAGCUGGUGACCUCCGACGUCGUCUCCUACCCCCACCACAUCGUGCCGUUCCAGUACUUCGAGACCAUCUCCCGAUACGAAAAGUUCUUCACCGUCGAGACCAGCUAUCUGCCGCAGGUUCUGUCCGCUUUCCUGGAUAAGCGUGGCAUGAACCACCCAAACGAGCGGAACCGGGCACGGGCCGUCUACCUGUUCUCGCGAUUCAUCAAAUGCCUCAAAACUCAGAUGGGCCCGUUCACGGACACUAUCCUGGGUCAGAUCGGCGACCUCCUCUCGCUAGAGCCGUCGGAGACCACGCUGCUGAAUCGUGAGGACCAGCUGUACCUGUUCGAGACCGUCUCGGUGCUCAUUAUUUCCGCGCCGGCUGAUAACAAGCACAAGUGCGCGCAGUUGGAGCGUCUGUUGGGCCCGGUGGUGGGCCAGGUGACGACGCUGGCCGCCCAGCUGGAGGCCGCUCCGGAGGGCUCGCCCGAGGCCGAGCGACUGCAGAAGGCCGCCCGGCACGCUGUAGCCGUCACGGCCCGCACCACCAAGGCGUUCUCGGCCGGCCAGACGAUGAAGCUGAUUGGCUGCGUGCAGCUGUACCUGCAGGCGCUGCAGAUCUUCCUCGGCACGCUGCAGGGCCGCCGGCAGUACCUGCUGCUACA